GGCCUUGCUUCCAGCCACUUACUUUCCUUUCCGUACCGGUGUGUGUUUGUGAAAGCGGUAACGUUUAUUGGGAGUAUUUCGUCCUCUUUGAACAACCCAGCCAGCAUGGACACUUCACUGACUGCUGCUCAGAUCCGUCAGAAGUUCAUUAACUUCUUCCAUCGCUAUGAGCAUGACUAUGUGCACUCGUCCUCCACCAUUCCCCUGGAUGACCCAACCCUUCUCUUUGCUAAUGCUGGAAUGAACCAGUUCAAACCUAUUUUCCUAAACACGAUCGACCCAUCUCACCCCAUGGCCAGACUGAAGCGUGCUGCCAACACCCAGAAGUGCAUCCGUGCUGGUGGUAAACAUAAUGAUCUGGAUGAUGUGGGCAAAGAUGUGUACCACCACACCUUCUUUGAGAUGUUGGGCUCCUGGUCCUUUGGAGAUUAUUUUAAAGAAUUGGCCUGUAAGAUGGCUCUGGAGCUGUUGACCCAGGAGUUUGGUAUUCCUCUCGAGCGCUUGUAUUUCACCUACUUUGGAGGAAAUGCUGGAGCAGGCCUCGAGUGUGACAAUGAGUGCAAGCAGAUUUGGCUUGACCUAGGGGUGGCAGAGGAGCGUAUUCUGCCAGGUAGUAUGAAAGACAAUUUCUGGGAGAUGGGAGAUACUGGUCCCUGUGGGCCCUGCAGUGAGAUCCACUACGACCGCAUUGGAGGCAGAGAUGCUGCACACCUCGUCAACAUGGACGACCCUAAUGUGCUGGAAGUCUGGAAUCUGGUGUUUAUCCAGUACAACAGAGAGUCUGAGACAGAGCUGAAGCCUCUUCCUAAGAAGAGCAUUGAUACUGGAAUGGGCCUGGAGCGACUGGUCUCGGUCCUGCAGAACAAGAUGUCGAACUACGAUACUGAUCUCUUUGUUCCUUAUUUCGAAGCUAUCCAGAAGGGUACAGGAGCCAGGCCUUACACUGGCAAAGUUGGAUCAGAAGACCAAGAUGGCAUUGACAUGGCAUAUCGUGUCCUGGCUGAUCACGCCCGCACCAUCACUGUUGCUCUUUCUGACGGUGGUCGACCGGACAACACUGGAAGGGGAUAUGUGUUGAGAAGGAUCCUGCGACGUGCUGUACGGUACGCUCAUGAGAAGCUGGGUGCUCAAAAGGGCUUCUUUGCCUCUCUGGUGGAUGUGGUGGUGCAAUCACUGGGAGAUGCUUUUCCUGAGCUGAAGAAAGACCCAGACACAGUGAAGGAUGUCAUUAAUGAAGAAGAAAUGCAGUUUCUUAAGACUCUCAGCAGGGGGCGACGCAUCCUGGACAGGAAGAUCCAAAACCUUGGAGACAGCAAGACUCUUCCAGGGGACACUGCCUGGCUGCUGUACGAUACCUAUGGCUUCCCUCUGGACCUGACUGUCCUCAUUGCGGAGGAGAAAGGCAUGGGAGUGGAUCUUGCCUCGUUUGAGGAAGAGAAGAAAGCUGCACAGCUGAAGUCCCAAGGCAAAGGUGCUGGAGAUGAGGACCACAUCAUGCUGGACAUCUAUGCCAUAGAGGAGCUGAGGCAAAAAGGAGUCCCUGCCACAGACGACACGCCAAAAUACCGCUACACCUCUGAUGACAGCGGCAACUAUGAAUUUGAGCAGGCUGUUGGCACAGUGCUUGCUCUGAGACGAGAGCGUGCAUUCGUGGAUGAGGUGAGCACAGGGCAGGAAUGUGGUUUGGUGCUCGAUCAGACAUCAUUCUAUGCUGAGCAGGGAGGUCAGACCUUCGAUGAGGGAUACAUGCUGCGUGAGAACGACUCUUCAGAGGAUAGGAUGGAGUUCACGGUGAAGAACACUCAGGUGCGUGGAGGCUACGUGCUGCAUGUUGGAACGGUGUAUGGCACACUGAAGGUUGGAGACCGUCUCACACUGCAUGUUGAUGAGGCUCGCCGCAGGCCCAUCAUGAGUAACCACACUUCCACCCACAUCCUGAACUUUGCUUUGAGGUCUGUGCUUGGUGAAGCGGAUCAGCGUGGUUCCCUCGUGGCACCGGACCGCCUGCGCUUUGACUUUACUGCCAAGGGAGCUAUGAGCACAGAGGAGGUGUGCCGCACAGAGGAAAUCGCCAGUGCCAUGAUAAAGGAUGCCAAGUCGGUGUAUGCCAAGGAGGUCCCACUUGCAGCUGCCAAGGCCAUUCAGGGCCUGCGUGCUGUCUUUGACGAGACAUAUCCAGACCCUGUGAGAGUCGUGUCCAUCGGCAUCCCUGUGGAGGAUCUACUGGCCGACCCAAACAGCACUGCAGGCUCCCUCACCUCCAUUGAGUUCUGUGGUGGAACGCAUUUGCGGAACUCUGGUCAUGCUGCCCAGUUUGUGAUCGUGUCUGAGGAGGCCAUCGCUAAGGGGAUCAGGCGAAUCGUGGCUGUGACUGGAGCAGAGGCUCAGAAGGCCCAGAGGAAAGCUGAUGCUCUGCAUCAAUCCCUGUCUGCCAUGGCGGAGAAGGUGAAAGCUCAGACUGCUCCCAAUAAAGACAUCCAGAAAGAAAUAGCAGACCUGACUGAGACCUUAGGAACUUCAGUUAUCUCCCAGUGGCAAAAAGACAAGAUGAGAGAGACUCUGAAGGGCUUGAAGAAGAUCAUGGAUGACCUGGACCGUAGCAGCAAAGCUGACGUGCAGAAGAGGGUUCUUGAGAAGACAAAAGAGAUCAUUGACAGCAACCCCAACCAGUCUCUUCUGGUGAUGGAGAUGGAGAGUGGAGCUAGUGCAAAGGCUCUGAAUGAGUCAUUGAAGUUGCUGAAGACUCAGUCCCCUCAGACUGCUGCCAUGCUUUUUGCUGUGGACAAUGAAGCUGGCAAAAUUAUCUGCCUCUGCCAAGUGCCUCAGGAAGUUGCAAAUCAGGGCUUGAAGGCAAAUGAGUGGGUUCAGGAAGUGUGCCCUCUGCUGGAUGGAAAAGGUGGCGGGAAAGACAUGUCUGCUCAGGCCACAGGCAGAAACACGCAGUGCAUCCAAGAGGCCCUGAAGCUGGCCAACAAGUUCGCCCAACUCAAAUUGGGACAAAACUAGAAUUCUGGGGGUUCAGGGAGAAGGCCUAAAACCUCCUCUAAUCCGACUAGAGUAACGCAGUGCUGCCUGCUAAGUCACAGAACCAUCUCAAUUUGUAUCUCUAAAGCUAUGGCACCCUCCUCCUUUGUGCAAGGAAUGUACUGAAAGCAAGAUGGCACUUUAAAAAUGAUUACACCGUCCAGUCAGCGCUCCCUUAGGCUUUAGAAGCAGAAAAGGGGUGUUCCUAAGCUUUCUGAUUGGCUGAUAAUGCAUUGAUAGGCUAUACCUGCUUGUGUCAAACAGUGACCCUUGCACUUGAACCACUGCAACUAAAAAAAAAUAUAUAUACAAGUACAUGUGUGUAAAACCAUUGUCUCUAAUAUUGAACAAUAUUUUAACUUUCUUUGUGGGAGGUGUUCUGAUUCUAACUGGUAAUGCACUAUGACCUGUAUUUCACAUGCUUGACCCAGCUUUUCAUUGAUUUUUAUAAAGUUGGGAUGCAUACUGAAUUUAAAUAAUUGAGGCUGACUUGUUUUAUAUCCUGUGGAAUGACCUUUUACAUGUAAUUGCAAACGGUCUUACUGUUAACCUGUUGUAGAUGAAAGUUUUGCAUACUGGAAUAAAAGGGAUCCGUGUAGUCGG